UAAAUGGGAAGUCAUUGUUCUUAAGCAGUCUAAACUAAUACUGUUACAUACGAAGAGAAGAAUGAAAUUAAUAAUGCUAUUUAGGAAAAGGAAACCUUUGUACCGAUAUUCACUGGCAAAUUGAAUCUAAAUGUUGAAAUUGACAAAGGCGUAUAUUCAAUGAGACCAUGCAAUGUCAAUGAUUCAGUUUUGGAUAUAACAACUGAAAGAAAUUAACAGGAAUAAAUACAAUAAAAGUUCAAUUUAAGAAAUUAUACAGUUAGUUAUUGUCAAAGAAGUAUUUCGACGAUACUAUGACCAUAAACAAAUCUCACAAUUUAGUAUAUUCUAAUAUGGGUUUUAACAUACUCUCUGAGAUUAUUCCAAGUGAAGUGGUAUCCCAGAAAUAAGAAAAAUAAAAAAAAGUAGAAGAAUGCGACGAGGACUAUGAUUAGAUGUGUAGAACUGAUUUGGAUUAGUUUAAAUUUUAGUAACCUGCUGUUAUGAAAUAUGUAGACAAAUAAAUACCAACUUAAUAAAAGACGAAGUAAAAAUACAAUUAAAUAUAAGCACUGUUGAACAAAGAAAUCUAAGAAAAUGAUUUUUAAAUAUCAAUUUAUUUAAGUGAUU